UUUUGAUCGACACUUCCUUUUCUCGUUUCGCUGUCAUUAUUAUCGACACGUUUUUCACACAAACGAUACAAAAUGUCGUUAGUGAUUCCCGAGAAGUUUAACCACAUCUUGCGUGUCAUGAACACCAACAUCGAUGGCAAACGCAAAGUGAUGUUUGCGUUGACCGCCAUUAAGGGAAUCGGUCGCAGGUUUUCCAACAUUGUCUGCAAGAAGGCUGACGUCGACCUCAAUAAGAGGGCCGGAGAGCUGUCCGAAGAGGAGGUACUGUCGCUCACUAUCUCUGUUUGCUGUCUAUCGGUGGAGAAGUUGGUGACGAUUAUCACGAAUCCACGACAGUAUAAGAUCCCCGACUGGUUCCUCAACAGGCAAAAGGACAUUAAGGACGGAAAGUACUCUCAGAUCACUUCCAAUAGUCUCGAAAGCAAAUUACGUGAAGAUCUCGAGCGCCUCAAGAAGAUCCGCGCCCACAGAGGGCUCCGACACUACUGGGGGUCAGUACNAUCCCCGACUGGUUCCUCAACAGGCAAAAGGACAUUAAGGACGGAAAGUACUCUCAGAUCACUUCCAAUAGUCUCGAAAGCAAAUUACGUGAAGAUCUCGAGCGCCUCAAGAAGAUCCGCGCCCACAGAGGGCUCCGACACUACUGGGGGUCAGUACUCGGCACGAGAUUUUCUCCGAGUGAGAGGACAGCACACGAAGACCACUGGCCGUAGGGGUCGUACUGUCGGUGUAUCUAAGAAGAAGGGUUAACACCACGCGAUUUGGUUCGCUGUUUAUGAUUGAGUUUUUCUAAACUUACAAUAAAUGAUAUGAUAUUCAAUUGAA